CUCGUAUUACCUACAUCCGGCUUUGUUUGUAAACAAACAAAAUAUGAGAAGGGCAUGUACAAGGAAUUUCAGACGAUGACGCAUAUAAAUAUUAAGUACAAAAGUCAUUGAUGAAAUAGAAAGUGAAAAAGAAAUCUGUAAAGACAGAAACAUGGGUCGCGGUGAGGUCCGCGCCCGGGGGAAACAGGGGCGGAUCGCGGUACCCGCUAUGCCCCGUCCGAUGGCAAUACUGUGUUGUAUUCUGAAUUUUCUCGUCCCAGGUUUGGGAACAAUAAUAGCGGGAUUUACCGUCUGUUGCUGCGCACGCAGCGAGGACAUGACAGGAUGUGAGAAGCUGAGUAGUUUUUGUAUCAGCUUCUGGAUCGGGAUACUUCAAAUUCUCACUCUUCCUGUCCUUCUGCUGGGGUGGAUCUGGAGUUGUAUUUGGGGCGUGUCCUUCAUUGGAAUGUCGAACGAGUACUACACUGAUAAUCCAGUUAUGGACGAAGGUCAUGUGAUUCAAUCGAACCAAUCAAAUGUUGUCAUCACGCCUCCUCGUGCAAAUCCGCAUGGUUAUCCAAGGGCACCAGUAGUAGUAGAGCAACCAGGUUAUCCUCCACAACAGCAAACGCACGGAGGUUAUCAUCCGGGCUACCAACAGCAACAGUAUUACGGGCACGACCAACCACAGCAGUCUUAUGGCGCAACGCCGUCAGCGCCGCCCGCAGAAAGUCAAGAAUACCCACAUCCGGGACCUAGCGGGUAUGGAGGAAAUACACAACCAGGGCCGUACUAUGGGGAGCCCCCACCUCCGUAUUCCGAGUCAGAUGCCCCUCCCCUUAAACCGCCUGUUAAGUCGUGAUGUUUUAUUUCGUUGUUUUCCAAAAUGUUUUGAACAUUAUAAUCUUUUAUUCAUGUUUUUACAACAUUUGUAUUGCAUAAAAAUACAACGUAUAAAGUGUUCUAGAAUCUGUGAUAACUGGCCAUAUAGGGUUAUAUAUACAUUUUAUGUAAUGAAUUAUCCUUGUACAAGCUGUUUUUAUCUAUUCAUUUGAUUAAAUAUGAUUAAAUGUACUUUACAUAUUUACCAUCACAUGGUGCACAUAUACAUGUAAACCAUAGACUAUUAAAACUAUUUCACUUUUUAUUUUAUGUUCUCUUCUCCGAAUAGUUAUUGCCUUAUUUACAUGUAUGUAGGUUCUUAGCUACUGAAAUCUAGAAAAUGUAUGAGAUGUUACGUCAGCACAAGGCGUUUCAGAGAUGUAAUUAUUCCAAAACAUUGCUCUUUUGUUUUAUAAUCUUUUCAUAGGUAUCAACAUUUAUUAAUGUUUUGUUUUAAGUUUAACUUAUUUUAUAUUUUUAAUUUGUGCUACUUUCACACGUUUUGCUUACUUUUUUUGUUAGAUACAUUUCUCUAAGAUCUGAUAAUGUGAUCAAGUUCUAUUUUUUCUUUUCUACUGAUUUUACUAACUUUUUUCAAUUUGGUUUUUCUAUACAUCUGUUAUACUUGCACUAAAAUUUAUACAUUAUUAUUAUGUAUGUUUACAUAAAUGAAGAUACGUGAACAUGUAAUUUAUAGAGAUUUUGGAAUUCAAAGGAAUUGUGAGCAUAUGUAGCAAGACAGAUUGAACGGGG